CUAACGUGAGGAUAUCAUCGCUCUGCCUAGCCGAUGUGCAGAGUACCCAACUGCAGUUCCUAGAGGUGCAGACGGCACAAUACGCGCAGACUGACAUGUGUAAAACACAUAGACGAGCAGUGUAUGCGAUGCGCCCAAGGAGAAGAUGGCGAAUACGACUGUACUGAAGAGUGGAUAAGAUGCGAGGACAUCCACCAGGCCGCAAUCCAACCCGCGCGACUCCACAUGGGAGAAGUGAAGGAAAAAGAUCGGCCGAUGGUGCGGGCAUGGAUACAGGACCUUCGCAGGCACAUCCGGAAGCACAUCCGACGACUCGAGAAGCAACACGGCAUAUGUCCGGGGUUUCUAGCCGACGCCCGGAUGGAGGAGUUCGAGCAAGCAGAGAGGACUGCGGUGCGUAUGGACCUAUGCGAGGGCGGAGACGGCGAGGAGAACCCGUACCUGUACCGGACGUCCCAUCAGCCAAGCGGCAAGACGCCCCAGAAGGGGCCGGUCAGAGACCACAGGCAUUUGUCGGUCACUGAGAAACAUGCGGCUUUAACUGCGGCCAUGGAAAGACUCCGGCUCUUCAAGAUGGCGGAUACGUCCAAUAUACUACCGCAGAUCCUAGAGACUGGCAUAAAGGCACAGCCAGCCUGCACCCAUCCUACGGCCCAGGUAUCGGCUCCUAAUACGCCGCUGAGCGUGCCACUCGCACCAGCUGCCCCGGUUCCUUCGCCUGCGUACUGGAAGUACAAUGGAGAUAACAAAACCCAGAACAACUCACGGUUCCUUGCCAUUCGAGACGGCAUGAACUACUUUGAAUGGGUAGUUCCAGAAGAUGCUGAUGAUGGUUCCUUUGCUCACGACUCCGAAUCGCAUUCGCUGAUGCCUCUCCCCGACGUCUUCCUGAUUCAACCGGCACAGAACUGUGAGAGCCUCACCUUUGGAUUUUCAUCGGCCACGGAAUGGAAGAAUGCCAUGUUCAACAAGCGAUUUUUCAGGAAACAAAAUUCACGCCAUCUUCCCGGUGGUUGUUGUGUCGACACAAGAGCUUUAUUCAACCACGAAUUAUGGCUGCAAGAUUUUAUGAUGACGCUGGCUAGGUUUGGGGAGCCGUGGGCCACCAUGUAG